GGCCCCACUCCUCCAGCCGGUGCUCCGUAUUUUCUGCCCCGGCUGGCUUCGCCUCAUCCUGUGCCGCGCCUUCUCGGCCUGCGGCGUCGCGGUACCGGCCUCCGCGCUCCACUCAGACGCCCUCCGGCGCUCGGGAGGGGGCGGGAGGCGGAGCAGAGGGGUGAGAGGUGGUGUCGUCGCGGUCUAGGCGCGGUAGGCGGUGGCGGCGGCGUCGGAGGUCCCUGAGCUAUGGCCGCCUCGGUGUUCUGCUGCCUGCGGUGCUGCAGAGAUGGCGGGACGGGCCACAUCCCUCUGAAGGAGAUGCCGGCCGUGCAGCUGGACACGCAGCACAUGGGAACGGAUGUUGUCAUUGUAAAAAAUGGAAGAAGAAUAUGUGGAACAGGAGGUUGUUUAGCCAGUGCACCUUUACAUCAAAACAAAAGCUACUUUGAAUUCAAAAUCCAGUCCACAGGAAUCUGGGGUAUUGGCGUUGCAACUCAGAAAGUUAACUUGAAUCAGAUCCCUCUUGGCCGAGAUGUGCACAGUCUGGUGAUGAGAAAUGAUGGAGCCCUAUAUCACAACAACGAGGAGAAAAAUAGGCUGCCAGCAAACAGCCUUCCACAGGAGGGAGACGUGGUGGGUAUUACAUAUGACCAUGUAGAAUUAAAUGUAUAUUUGAAUGGAAAAAACAUGCAUUGUCCAGCAUCUGGUAUACGAGGGACAGUGUAUCCAGUUGUUUAUGUUGAUGACAGUGCAAUUUUGGAUUGCCAGUUCAGUGAAUUUUAUCAUACUCCUCCACCUGGUUUUGAAAAGAUAUUAUUUGAACAGCAGAUCUUCUGAAUGUAUUUGUUUUUGAAACUUGUAUUUCUGCACUGUUAAAAGUGUUUACCAUUUAAUAAAGCUUUACCUGACCUACAGAUGACAAAAUAUCCUUAAAAAUAUGCUCGUUAAUGUUAUCUAAGGAACCAAUGUAUACAAUAUACUAUCCUGAAGUUGUGAUUUAAAAUACUUAGGUUUUGUGAUAAUGAAAUCAGCACUUGGGGCAGUUUAUUUAAUUCUUAUUUAAAUAAAUAUGACUGUGGGUUUGAUUAACAGUAUUAAAUGGAAAUACGUAUAUAGAUAUUUAAAAGGGAAUCUUUCUUAAUGCAAAAUAUUUGUUUUGAUAGAGAUACAGAGUUGGGUGGAGGUUUUUGUCAUUCUGAAGUGUAGACCUCAUUAACUAUUUUAAGUCUGCAGUCCAAUAAUUUUGUGUCUCAGUGUCUUUUAUAUAGAGUAUAACAAAGUGACAAAUUUAUGUUUUUGGCAACUUCAUUUUUGGCGAUUUAUUUACUAUAAAAUGUACCACUUUUCUUAAAAUUUAAAUUGCUUAUUUUGUUUGUAUGUCAUUGCUUUUGAUUUUCUUUGUGAAAGGAGAUAAGUGUCGUAGUAGCUGUCAGAGUAUUUUGUUGAAGACCAUCAUGCUGUGUUACUUCAACACCUGAGUAAGUAGUGGUUGUUUGGUGAUGUAGUGUACACAGCAGACAUUUAGAAUAGUAUCAUGCUUUCAACUUAAGUGGAAAUGAGAUUAUUCUUUUAAGGACUUUUGUUUAAAUGUGCAUUUUUCUGUAAGGAAUAAUAAAAUAUUAGUAAUUAAGGACUA